CAAUCAUUUAAUCAGAGCUUUAACAAUCUGUUAACAAAAUGUAUGCACUACUGCUCUUUGUGCUUGUUGCAAAUUAUUUCAACUUUUCCAUUACGAAAGCAGCUGUUCCCGAAGUUUGUAUCGAUCAAUUGGGUUGCAUCGAAGGUGUUCAUGCAACAGACAGUGGGGGUCAACAAUAUGAAGCCUUCUAUGGCAUACCGUUUGCUAAACCACCAAUCGGUGAAUUGCGAUUUAAGAAUCCCUUAGCAGUUGAUCCUUGGAAAGGUAAACUUAUGGCCAAAGAACCGAGAACUGAAUGCAUUCAAUAUAACCAAAUUCCAAGCAUACCUACGAUUAGUGGUAAAGAGGACUGUCUAUACUUGAAUUUGUAUCGCCCCAAAGAAAGGUCCACUGAGAAACUACCCGUUUUGUUUUACAUACACGGUGGAGGCUUGUUUUCGGGCACUUCAAGUCCCGCAGUGAAUGGUCCUGAAUAUUUUAUGGAAACUAAUGAGGUUAUAUUGGUAUUACCCGCGUAUCGCUUGGGUCAAUUUGGUUUCCUUAGUACCGGUGAUGAGCAUAUGACUGGUAAUUUUGGACUUAAGGACCAGAACAUGGCCCUUAAAUGGGUUCAAAAAUAUAUUUAUGCCUUCAAUGGUGAUCCUUCGCGUGUUACUAUUUUUGGCCAUAGUGCUGGUAGUAUUUCUACGCAUUUACACAUGUUAAGUCCAGCUUCAAGAGGUUUGUUUCGCAAUGCUGUAUUAAUGAGCGGCCAAGCAAAUUCUCCUUUCAUCCGAAAAAUCGACCAAAAAUCUCAGGUCAUUCAAUUAGCUAAGGGUGUUGGAAUUACAAAUGCUAACGAAAUGUCCUCAAGUGAACUAGCUGACGCUCUACGCAAUGUACAAGCAAUGGACCUGUUAAAGGCAGGUGCUGAUCUCAAAGUAUGGCGUGUGUACCCCUUUGCUACUUUUCGUACCACCAUUGAACAAGAGUCAUGGUCGGAACCUUUUCUAACCGAAGAUACGUUCAAAUUAAUCGGAAGUCCAAAAAUGCCGAAAACUGUGCCAUGGAUUGGUGGUUAUACCUCGUCAAUUGGUGAAGGCACAGUCAUGGCGCUAAGGUUAUCUACGGAUCCGGAUUUACAAGCUGACUUCAAUAAGAAUUUUUAUUAUUUAUUCAAAUUGGUGAUUGAACUGAACGGCACAGAAUAUCCGGAAAGAGUUGAUGAAGUAGUAGAGCGAUUAGUGGUGGAAUAUAUGGAUGGAGUUCGUGAGUUGAAUAAAGACACAAUUGAUGGCUUCUUAGAGCUUUUAGGUGAUUGCUUUUUUACUUAUCCAUUAUACAAAACUAUUGCCAGUAAUGUUAAUUCUGGCGGUCAAGCAAAUAGCCUUACGGGAAUAAUUAAAUUCGGUUAUCGCGGGCCAUAUACAUUUACUGAGAUUUUUACAGGAAGCUUGAGGAAUUUAGGUGCUGUACAUGUUGAUGAUUUCCUAUAUCUAUAUCGUAUGCCAUUCUUAGUUCCAAAUGGAUAUGAAAUAUCAACACCUGAGGCGGAGUUGGUUAAGAAAUACGUGGCACUCCAUGUUGAGUAUGCUAAAACUGGCAAUGUCGAAGCCUUCAAUAAAGUGAGCCCUUGUUCGAAAGAUAAAUUUGACCGACCCGACCUACCAGCCAUUUGCGAUUAUUUGUCGAUUGUCAAUGAUACGGAAUUAUUUCAGGUUGGAAAUAAGUGGGACGUGAAACGAAUGAAGCUGUGGAAGUACGUAGAUAAAACUCUCUUCGAUAUUUUGUAUUGUUCGAAUAUCGAUCCGAUACGCGCUGAUUCGCCGGAGGUAUGCUUGGAGGAUUCAUCCUGUGUGCUCGGAGAAUAUAUGAGUGGCAAUGAGAUCGAUUCAUUUGAAGCUUUCUUAGGCAUACCAUUCGCCAAACCACCCAUCGGCGAUUUGAGAUUCAGCAAUCCUGAAGAAGCUGAACUAUGGAAUGGCACCUUAUCAGCAAUAUCUCCUAAGUCUGCUUGUAUACAACGUGAUUAUUUCAAUGUAUCCAAACCGAUCAGCGGUUCAGAGGAUUGUCUGUACUUGAAUAUAUAUCGCCCCUUGCGCAGUGGCGGUGGGGAAUUGCCAGUAAUGUUCUACAUACACGGUGGUGGAUUUUUCGCCGGCUCACCGAAUCCCAGCUUUAUAGGACCGCUAUAUUUUAUGGAUACGAGUGACGUAAUUCUAGUAGUGGCCGCCUAUCGCUUGGGUCUAUUUGGUUUCCUAUCUACUAACGAUGAAGAGAUGACGGGAAAUUAUGGGCUUAAAGAUCAGAAAUUAGCACUCCAAUGGGUUAAUAAGUACAUUUCGGCAUUUGGCGGUGAUCCCGAUCGUGUUACAAUUUUCGGCCACAGUGCUGGUGCUUCAGCUGUUCAUUUACACUUAAUGAAUAACAAUCAAGAGGGUCUAUUCAGUAACGCUAUUAUGAUGAGUGGCACCGCAAACACACCAUUCGCUUUGCCAAUAAACGAUCCAAGAGACCAAGUCGUUAAUUUAGCUAUAGCUGCUGGUGUAAACGAAGCUGAGGACCUAAGUUCCGCUGACCUAGUUCAGGCAUUGCGAUCAAUCGAACCGGAAGCGUUGUUAUUAGCUGCCGAUAAUCUUAAGCUGUGGGCUGAGCAACCACUUGUAAUAUUCCAUCCAAAUAUUGAAAGUGAAACCUGGCCUGGUGCAUUCUUAACAAAUGAUCCAUCGGACCCAUCCAUUCCGUUUGGAGGGGUCACUGAUAUACCUUGGAUCAUUGGUAAUGCACCUUCCAAGGGUGAGGCUUUGGUUAUUGCACUUCGAUUGGCAAGCAAUACGAGUUUGCAGGAAGAAUUAAAUGAAAACUUUAGCAGCAGACUAAGCAUUGCAUUGAGUUUGCCUGCUACAUGUGACACAGAAGAUGUAAUAGAUACAUUAGUAACAGAGUAUAUGGAUGGUAAACACAAUUUGAAUAAUGAUACAUUAAAUGGCUUUUUGGAGCUUUUGGGAGACGCUUAUUUCAUAUACCCAACUUAUAAACUUUUAAAAUAUAACGUCAAUUCUAGGCGCAGUGAUUUUAAAGGAAUAAUACAUUUUGACUAUCGUGGGCCCUAUUCAUUUUCGGGAUAUUUUACAAAUAGCUUAACAGAUUUCGGUGUUUCACACUACGAUGAUACAUUGUUUCUGUUUGACGGCCCCCCCGGAUUGUCAAAUGGUUAUUCAAAGGAGUCUCGUGAGGCAGCUUUAGUGAGACGCUUUGUGAGGGUGUAUCAGUCUUUUGCCGCAAAUGGUUAUUCAGAUGAAUUUGCUGGCAUCGAAGAAUGUAAUGAUUUAAAUUUUCCGAAUUGUGAAUAUUUGUCGAUCGUAAAAGAUGAGAAACCGUUCAAAACUGUAAAGUUAGAUUCACAAAGAAAAGUUAAAGUCUAUCGAAUUGUCGCAGUAAUGAAAGGAAUUACUUUGUUGUUGACGUAUUUGGUGUAUUGUUGGAAUAUCGAUCCGAUACGCGCCAAUUUGCCGAAGGUAUGCCUUGAUGAUUUAUCCUGUGUGCUCGGCAGAUAUAUGAGUGGCUAUGAGAGCUAUUCAUUUGAAGCUUUCUUAGGCAUACCAUUCGCCAAACCACCCAUCGGCGAUUUGAGAUUCAGCAAUCCUGAAGGAGCUGAACUAUGGAAUGGCACCUUAUCAGCAAUAUAUCCUAAGCCUGAUUGUGUACAACGUGAUUAUACCAAAGUAUCAAAACCGAUCAGCGGUUUAGAGGAUUGCUUGUACUUAAACAUAUAUCGUCCUUUGCACGGUGCCGGUGGGGAAUUGCCAGUAAUGUUCUAUAUACACGGUGGUGGAUUUUUCGCCGGCUCACCGAGUCCCAAGAGUUUUGGUCCGCAAUAUUUUAUGGAUACGAGUGAUGUUAUUCUAGUAGUGCCCGCUUAUCGCUUGGGUCCAUUUGGUUUCCUAUCUACUAACGAUGAAGAGAUGACGGGAAAUUAUGGGCUUAAAGAUCAGAAAUUAGCACUACAAUGGGUUAAUAAGUACAUUUCGGCUUUUGGCGGUGAUCCCGAUCGUAUUACAAUUUUCGGCCACAGUGCUGGUGCUUCAGCCGUUCAUUUACACUUAAUGAAUAACAAUCAAGAGGGUCUAUUCAGUAACGCUAUUAUGAUGAGUGGCACCGCAAACUCACCAUUCGCUUUGCCAUUAAGCGAUCCGAGAGGCCAAGUCGUUAAAUUGGCUAAAGCUGUUGGUGUAAGAGAAGCUGAGUACCUAAGUUCCGCUGGUCUAGUUCACGCAUUGCGAUCGAUCAAACCUAAAACCUUGCUAAGAGCUGUUGAUGAUUUUAAAAUUUUGGCUGAGCAACCAGCUGUAAUAUUCCGUCCGAAUAUUGAAAAAGACGACUGGCCUGGUGCAUUCUUAAAAAAUGACCCAAUAGAUCCAACCAUACCGCUUGGAACAGACAUUGAUAUUCCUUGGUUUAUUGGUAAUGCACCUUCCAAGGGUGAGGGUUUGGUUAUUGCACUUCGAUUGACUAAUAAUAAGAAAUUGCGCGAAGAGUUCAAUGAAAACUUUAAUAAAAGUCUAAACAUUACAUUGGACUUACCUCUUCAAUGCGAUAAUGAAGAAGUGAUAGAUACAUUGGUAACAGAGUAUAUGGAUGGUAAACACAAUUUGAAUGAUGAUACAUUAAAUGGCUUUUUGGAGCUUUUGGGUGACGCUCAUUUCAUAUAUCCAACUUACAGACUUUUAAAAUAUAACCUCAAUUCUAGUCGCACUGAUUUUAAAGGAAUCAUACAUUUUGACUAUCGCGGACCCUAUUCAUAUUCGAAAAUAUUUACAAAUAGCUUAAACAAUUUUGGCACUGCACACGUUGAUGAUUCGCUGUUUCUGUUUGAAGGGCCACGCGCGGUGUCGAAAGGUUAUUCAAAGAAGUCUCGUGAGGCAGCUUUGGUUAGACGCUAUGUGAGGCUGUUUCAGUCUUUUGCCACGAAUGGUUAUUCAGAUGAAUUUGCUAACAUCGAAAAAUGUAAUAAUUCAAAUUUUCCGAAUUGUGAAUAUUUGUCGAUCGUAAAAGAUGAGGAACCGUUCAAAAUUGGUAAUACUUGGAAUAUUGAACGAAUGAGAAUUUGGGAAAAACUAUAUGAUUCGUGCUAUGCUGCUGAUGCUCAGACGUUUCAAAAACAAAAACCAAAAAAAAUCACAUUAAAAAAUAAACAGAACAUCAUGACUGCUUCGUUGGCAGCAGCAGAGGUGUCACUACUACCGAAUGCCACCCUGCUACCAACCAUACUUCAAUCAACGAAUUUAUGGCAGACAAUUUUCAUGAUCUCCAUAUUGACAACUAUAAUAUGUAGUCAAACAACAACGACAGUAAUGGCGCACACACCACCCACCGAAGCACCGUUGUUUAACCAGAAUUCGGCUUUGCCGAAAGUUUGCCUUUACGAAAUGGGUUGUAUGCAGGGCAAACAUAUGCCUGGUUUAGGUGCGCACAAUUUCGAAGCAUUUCUGGGAAUACCGUACGCUUUACCGCCAGUGGCUGAGCGGCGCUUUGCGAUACCCAAAGCAUUUCCACGCUGGUGGGGUAUUUUGGACGCGACCGCGCCGAAGCAGAAUUGUGUGCAAAAGAAUUACAUACUACCGAAUCCGGUAGUGGAAGGCGUCGAAGAUUGCCUUUACUUGAAUAUCUACAGACCAAUACCAGACUCCAAACAGCUGCUGCCGGUUAUGGUUUAUAUGCAUGGUGGCGGUUGGUUUAGUGGCACUGCCAGUCCACUAUUACAUGGUCCUGAAUAUAUUAUGGAAACCAAAGAGGUUAUCUUAGUCUCGAUCGCUUAUAGAUUAGGACCGUUUGGCUUUCUCUCUACGGACGAUGCUAAUAUGCCCGGCAAUUUGGGUCUUAAAGAUCAAAAUUUGGCACUUCGUUGGAUUAAACGCAAUAUCGGUGCUUUUGGUGGCGAUCCAGAGAAAGUAACCAUAUUUGGACAAAGCGCUGGUGCCAUUUCCGUGCACCUACACAUGUUGAGUCGUCAAUCCGAAGGUCUAUUUCGUAGCGCAAUCACAAUGAGCGGUACCGCGAAUGUACCAUUUGCUAUUAAUGAUGCACCGCUGCAACAGACCCGUGACAUCGCUAGAUUUUGUAAUAUCAGUAAUGUGAAAGAACUGAGCACUGUUAAACUCACGCGCGCUUUACGUGCGUUGGACGCCAAGGACAUACUUAAUGCGGGAGAUAAACUCAAAUAUUGGAAUGUGGAUCCCAUGACGAAUUUCCGUCCAAUCGUAGAGAAGCAUAGCGACAAGCAUGCAUUUCUUACACAACACCCGGUGAAAAUAAUGAAUGAGGGUAAAUAUACGCCUGUGCCAUGGCUGAACGGUGGGGUACCGGGUGAGGGGGCAGUUCGUGUGUUCUCAAUCUUAGCCAAUGAAACGCUAAGACAACAAUUCAAUGCGAACUUUCAUGAGCUGUUCGAAAAGUUGCUCGAAUUUCCAGCACAGUUUACGCGUGCGCAGUUAACAUUAAAGACGCAGUUGGUCAUAAAUGAGUACUUUGGUGGACGAUCGGUAAUCGAUAAUGCGACCGCGCAGGGUUUUCUUGACUGCAUCAGCGAUCGCGGCUUUCAUCAUCCCUACUACAAUGCCAUCCGCGCUUAUGUGCAUACAGUCGAUGUGAAAAAGUAUCCAGUCUAUUUGUAUAAACUCAGUUACAAAGGUGAUCAUAGCUUUACGAGCAUUUACACGGGUGGCGUGCCAAUCGGUGAAUUCGAUGCGGUACAUUGUGAUGAUCUAAUUUAUACAUUCCGUGCGCCAGUGAUAUUUGCCGACUUCAAGGAGGACUCGGCAGAUGCGGCUCUAGCCGCGCAUUUUUCUCGGAAUCUUGUUCAUUUUGUCAAAUAUGGCAAACCGUUGAGCGCAGACGCCUUAAAACCUUGCACGGCCACUACAUUUGACCAGAAAUCGGAUGCAAUUUGUGAUUAUCAAGAAUUUUCGAACUCUGGCAAUGAUUCUUUCAGAACUUUCACAAACAACAAGUUUAACGUGAAGCGUGCAAAACUAUGGAAUGCGAUUCUGGAAAUAGAGGAUUAGUUGAAAUUUGCCUGAGGCUCAUUAGAGCAAUUAUUUGUAUA